CUCCACACCACAGGAAGCCAGGAAAGCGCCUUGGAAAACCGGAAGUUGCUCGAUCACGUGACCCUCUUUAGUCCUCUUAACCCAGAUGUCCAGCAAGGUGGCCAUCAGCAGUGACACUGGGCAGGCCUGCUGGGCAGUGGAGCAGCUGUGGAUGGAGGCAGACAUCGACCGAGUGAAGGUGAGGGUCGGGGCCGCUGCAGGAGGUGGGAAGAGGUGGGAACACAUGGGCCAGCGCAUAGGUGCAUGCCCGGGUCUGGCUGACUGGGUUGGUCUGCAGGUGUCCAAGGCAGCUGCCGAUCUGCUGCAGUUCUGCAUGGAGCAGGCCAAGAGUGACCCUUUCCUUGUGGGCAUCCUGGCCACCACCAACCCCUUCAAGGAGAGGAAGCCCUGUGCCAACCUAUGAACCCAGGACAACAUCCCCCUUGUGGCCUGAGCAGACCAGGGGGCCUCAAUAAACAUGAAGUGAAUA